AUGAUAUUGUUUCGUGCUCUGUAUAUUAUUUGGGUAUUUCUACUCAUUCCACUGUUUAAUGCAGAAGAAUUUACCCCAAAAGUUACCGAAACUAUCUCAAAAUAUUCAGUUGAUGUACUAAGCUUUGAUGAUUCCAACACUUUGAUCAGAACGGAAGAUGACGUCUUGAAGAUAAGUUUUGAUGCUGGAGAAAAUUGGAAAACGAUCGACGAAAUUGAAGAGCCUAUUUACUCAGUUGUUGUUGAUCCCUUCCAUGGGCACGACAGAGCUUUUGCUUUUGUAAAAGAAACACUGAACUUUUACACCACCGAUGAUCAAGGUAAAUCGUGGAGGCUUCUAACUAUACAAAAUCCUGAAGAUUCAGCGAAUUUUUACAAUAAUGAAAUCACUACUCACCCAACAAAAAAGGAGUAUAUUAUUUUACAUUACAAUUGGGUGGAAAAGCAUUCAGAUAUACUAUAUUCAACAACAGGUUUUUACGUUACCAAUGAUGGUAAAUCCUUUUCCCGAAUUAAACCUUCUCUAGAAAAAAUUGAUCGUAAUGAUAGGAGUAUACGCUGUGACUUUAUCAAAUCCAGUAUGGAUUCUGAUUUGGGCAGUAAUGAUGCUUCGAUAAUCUGUCUUUUCCGAAACAGGGAGUACAUUGAAGGUACAGACUCAACUAUUACCAAGUCUGAAUUGAUUUUAAGUACUGAUGGAGGUAAAACAUUCAAAGAAUUAGAUCAGUUCAAAGAUAAAAGUGUUAUAGGAUACAAAGUAUUGAAGUCUCAUGUGGUUGUUUUGACUCAAAAUGAUAUGUAUAACGUGGUGUCAUCAAGGGAUAUUUGGGUAUCCAAUGAUGCAUCUACUUUUCAAAUGGCUCGUACGCCUACUCAAUUAAGGUAUAUUAGGCACGACGAAAUUCAAGAAGACUCUAUCGGAAGAAUCGUUUUGAGAACAUUCGGAGAGAGAAAUUAUGAAGAAAAGGACCAAAGAGGUGCCGCUGAUUUUUUAAUAUCAGAUUCUCAAGGAUUGAAGUUUUCGCCUAUAGAUUGGAUACCAAAUAAUCAGUAUGGACAUACCAAUGUAGCUUAUCCACAGUUCUUAAAAGGAACAAUGUUUGCUCAUUUUUAUCCUUCUGUUAAUAUUCCUGAUAAAGAAAGUAAAUACGGCAGAACAAGUGCACGAGAAGAAACUAAAGUAUCUGUUGAUAACGGUCUCACAUGGUCAAAUUUGAAAGUUGUUGACCGAGAACAUGCAGGUUCAUUUGGCUGUGAUAUCACUAAACCCGAGAGGUGUUCGCUUCAGACUUAUUUUUACGAUCUAAGAGAUAUGAAACCCUCUACCGGAAUCAUUAUGAUAUCGGGUACUGUUGGCGAUGGCAAUAUAUUCAGUUGGAAAGAAGAAAAAACUUUCAUCUCCAGGGAUAGUGGUUUAACAUGGCGGUUAGCCCAUAAUUCCUCUGGACUUUAUACUACUGGUGAUCUGGGAAAUAUUAUUAUGUAUAUGCCGUAUCAUUCAAAUGAAAGUGGCGGUGUACAUUCUAAAUUUUAUUAUUCUUUGGAUCAAGGUAAUACAUGGGGUGAAUACGAGCUAACCAGACCUAUCUACCCAUACAGAUUAAUCAGCACAGCAUCAGAUGGAUCUGGCUCAAGAUUUAUUCUAGAAGGAAGGCUCAUUCUAGAAAAAUCGAGCGACAAAUACAUUGACUCUUUAAACUUUAUCGUAUAUACAAUUGAUUUUUCAGCGGUGUUUGAUUAUAAAUCAUGUGAAGAGAGUGAUUUCGAAGAUUGGAAUUUGGCAGAAGGAAAAUGUUUUAAUGGCGCUAAAUACAAGUAUAGAAGGAGACAACAGGACGCCCAUUGUUUGGUCAAGAAAGCGCUCAAAGAUGUGAGGUUACAUGAAACCCCUUGUAACAGUUGUACUAAAUUUGACUACGAAUGCUCAUUUGAAUUUGCUAGGAACUCAGAUGGCGACUGUGUUCCGGAUUACAACCUGAUUGUUCUUUCUGAUAUUUGUGACAAGUCAAGGGGCAAACCUGUAUCAGUAAAGCCAUUGCAACUAAUCAAAGGUGAUAAAUGUAAAACACCAAUGACAAUCGAGCCGGUAGAUAUCCCAUGUGACGGAAUCCCAAAGGAGGGUUCGAAUGGCAAGGAAAUAAUUACCACCGAAAACAAAUUUGACUUCAAAAUUCAGUUUUAUCAAUACUUUGAUACAGUCGCAGACGAAUCGCUAGUGAUGGUAGAUUUAAGGGGAGAUGCUUAUAUAUCUCACGAUGGGGGACAAACAAUAAAAAAAUUUGAAACUGGCGGCGAAAAAAUAGUCGAAGUUGUGUUCAACUCAUACUUCAACUCUUCAGCUUAUCUAUUUGGGUCUGAGGGUAGCAUUUUUUCCACCCAUGAUAGAGGACAUUCUUUCAUGAUCGCUAAGUUGCCUGAAGCCAGGCAGUUAGGUAUGCCAUUAGAUUUUAAUGCCAAAUCACAGGAUACAUUUAUUUACUAUGGUGGUAAGAAUUGUGAAUCAAUUUUAAGUCCGGAAUGUCAUGCUGUAGCAUACCUCACUAAAGAUGGAGGCGAAACGUUUACAGAAAUGCUUGAUAAUGCAAUUCACUGUGAAUUCGCAGGUUCGCUUUUCAAAUAUCCGUCAAAUGAAGAUAUGGUUAUGUGCCAGGUAAAGGAGAAAUCCUCGCAAGUAAGAACUUUAGUUUCUUCAACUGAUUUUUUCCACACUGAUAAAAAAACCGUUCUUGAAAACAUUAUUGGCUACUUGUCCACAGGUGGCUAUAUUAUUAUUGCCGUACCUCAUAAAGAUAAUGAAUUAACAGCAUAUGUAACUAUUGAUGGUGUCGAAUUUUCCGAGGCAAAAUUCCCGUAUGAUGAAGAUUUUACGAAGCAAGAAGCAUUCACUGUUUUAGGAUCCGAGGAAGGAUCGAUUUUCCUACACUUGGCAACCAACUUAGCACCAGGACGUGAUUUUGGCAAUCUUUUAAAAUCCAACUCAAACGGUACUUCUUUUGUCACUUUGGAGCACGCCGUUAAUACAAACACGUUAGGCUUGGUAGACUUUGAAAAAAUUCAGGGUCUUGAAGGCAUAAUUCUCACCAACAUUGUGUCAAAUAGUGACAAGGUUGCCGAGAAUACGGAAGACAAGCAAUUGAAGACGAAGAUCACCUUUAAUGAGGGCUCGGAUUGGAACUUUUUGAAACCUCCUCAAAAGGACUCUGAAGGAAAGAAGUUCCCUUGCGACUCUAAAUCAUUAGACAAGUGUUCGCUGCAUUUGCACGGCUACACUGAACGUAAGGAUGUUAGGGAUACAUAUUCUUCUGGUUCCGCAUUAGGAAUGAUGUUUGGUGUUGGGAACGUUGGAGCUAACCUUCUACCGUAUGAAGAAUGUUCUACUUUUUUGACUACUGAUGGCGGUGAGACGUGGACUGAAGUUAAGAAAACUCCCCACCAAUGGGAAUACGGUGACCAUGGGGGGGUCUUAGUUUUAGUUCCCGAAAUCGCAGAAACUGACUCUAUUUCCUAUUCUACUGAUUCUGGAAGAACAUGGAAAGAUUAUAAGUUCUGUGACGAUAAAGUUCUGGUAAAGGAUAUAACUACGGUUCCUCGAGACUCUGCUUUGAGAUUUUUGUUAUUUGGAGAAGCAAAGAAUCUGGGAAGUGGUUCAUUUAGAACGUACACAAUCGAUUUCAGAAACAUCUUCGAGAGACAGUGCGACUUCGAUAACACCGGAAAUAAAGAUUCAGAUUUCAAAUACUCUCCUUUAGGUUCUCAAACCGGUUGCCUGUUUGGACAUCAGACCGAAUUCUUACGAAAGACCGAUGAAAAGUGUUUUAUUGGUACCAUUCCACUUUCUGAAUUCUCUAAAAACAUCAAAAACUGUUCAUGUACUCGGAAAGAUUUUGAGUGUGAUUACAACUAUUAUAAAGCUAACGACGGUACUUGUAAGUUAGUCGAUGGUCUCACUCCCACCAAUGCUACCGAUAUCUGUAAAAAGGAGCCAGACUUAAUAGAGUAUUUUAAAUCUUCCGGCUACAGAAAGAUCCCCCUAUCAACUUGUGAGGGUGGUUUGAAACUGGAUAGUUCUUUUACACCUUAUCCUUGUCCAGGAAAAGAAGCCGAAUUCAAAGAAAAAUACUCUGUAAAAGCUGGUAUUUAUGCAUUUGUUUAUGUGACAAUUCUUCUUGUUAUUUUCUUUACAACAUGGUUUGUAUACGUUAGAGGUAUCAGAAGAAACGGGGGGUUUGCAAGAUUUGAAGAAAUUAGGUUAAAUGACGAUGGUCUGAUAGAAAACAAUAAUACCGAUAAAGUUGUGAACAAAAUUGUUAAGGCAGGAUUAUUCCUUUCUUCAAUUAUUACGUUUGUAUUCCAACACACGAAGGCAGGAAUAGCUCAAGUUAUUGCGAAAAUAAGAGCAAGAUUUAGCAAUAGGGAAGGUCCGACCUAUUCAUCGUUGAUGCACCAUCAGUUUUCAAAUGAAACAGAUAACUUGCAUAAUGAAGACAUUGACGAUUUGUCCAGUUCUGUUGCCCGAGGUAGUAAUCUUGACAUCGAGGACGAAGUUAUACCAUCUCCCCAACAAGAACACGCGUCGUAUACAGAUCAGCCAGCCGGAAACGAAGUUCCAAACACAUUGUCAGCACAUAGCGAAGAAGACGCCAACAGGCCUGACUCGGUGGAUCCACGCGGCCAUGACAAGUAA